GAGAGAGAGAGAGAGAGAGAGAGAGAGAGAGAGAGAGAGACUGCAGCCUGAGACAGAGGGAACUCUGUUGCCACUUUAAGCGGAGGAAUGAGCUGAAAGAAACCGAUGCCUUCCGUGUUUUUUUCACUGGAUGAAGUCUACGGAUUUUACGCAUCUGGAAGAGGCUGCUUUGCGCGUAAAAACAACAUUUACACGGCUAUGAUGGGAAGGCGCAGCCAGCGCGUUUAUGGUGUUUAAUUCUAUUUCGUGCCGUGGAGGUUUCUGGCAGAUUUCAAGCCGAAUAAAAAGAGCUGUAGACUAAAAAAAAAGGAGCGCUGUUACGACGGGGAGACGCAGUGGAAGAAGGCUGUGUGAAGGCUGGAAACAUGAGAUUGAUUGUCAUCUCUGCGCUUCUCCUGUUGAAAGUUACUCUUGGGAAGGCUUGUGGCAGUGGGAAGUUCACUGAGUCGGGACACUGUUGCAGAUUGUGUCCUGCUGGUUAUGGAGUGGAGGCAGAGUGUGGAAAGGAGGAUACCAAAUGUGCUCCAUGUCCGAUGGGAACCUUCUCCCCAUCUGAAGGCCUUGCCGCUUGCCGCCCUUGUAGCAAGUGUCCGCCUAGUGUCCCCGCGGUGCACUCUUGCUCGGGUUCCCAGGACACGCAGUGCGAGUGUGACACCGGCUUCUACUUUAGGAGCGCCUUAGGCCUGUGCGCGCCCUGCUCCAAAUGCAGACAGGGUCAGGUGGUCGUCCGAGAGUGCGGCCCGCACGGAGACACGCUUUGCCAGUGUGGCCCGGGAACCUUCUCGGAGGAUGACCUCAGAACCAAACCGUGCCAGAUUUGCACUCAGUGCUCCGACAAAGAAGUGGAGAUCCAACCCUGUAUGCACAAUUUUGACACGGUCUGCAUGGAUAAGAAGCUGCACAUCUUGUCUCGCCCCGACUGGAAUUCAAACAUCGCUAACUGGUCGAUGCUGGGGAGGGAGGAGGACGUCAGCCCCACGCCUGGAGCGUCCGGGUCCACACCGCUGGAGGAGGGUGGCAGCAACAACAUCCUGGCCUACGUGUCCGUCCCGGCCGCCGUGGUGUUGGGCUCGUUGGUUUACGUGGCUUAUAAAUGCUGGAAGUCGUGCAAACAGAAAAAGGCUCUCUCCAAGGCCCGUGUGGCAGAGCUGGGAACAUCUGCAGAGGGAGAGAAGCUCCAAAGUGACAGCGGCGUUUUUCUGGACUCCUACAGCCUGCAGGACAACCACCCUAGCAAGGGUACCAAAAGAGACAGCAAGCACGACAAUCGGCAGUACAUCAACCUGCCGCCGCACCAGCAGGAAGAGGUGGAGCGUCUCCUGCAGGAGGCGGGCGGCCGCGGGUGGAGGCACCUCGGUGCCGCGCUGGGCUUUGAACCCGAACAGCUGGACCUGUUCGGACGCGGCGAGGCUCCGGCGCACACGCUCCUGUCUAACUGGGCGCAGAGGGAGGGCUCCAGUCUGGGACUGCUGAGCUCGGCGCUGGUCCGCAUAGAGAGACCUGACGUGGUGACGGCCCUGAACAGCGCCCAGCAGGGUGUUUCUGUGGUCUGACAGACUCGCCGGACCCUCGAAACGCCAAUCACAAGACUCAAGUGAGGGAUUUACAGAUGAAACGGGAGGCACUCGAGUUCCAGCUCUUCUGUCGUGGUUGAAGGAGUCGUUUUUUUAACUCUGUUAACAGACCUUUUUUUUUCUUUUUACACUAAAAUACCAACAAUACUCACAUUACUCCAGGCCUUAUUUGAACUGUAUGAAUGAACGUCACGCUGUGUGGUAACAGAAUAAUUUUACUGGUUGCACAGGAUUUAUGGAACUGAAUAUACUUGCCCGUAAAAUAAGCAUUUACCUUCCAAAGAUUUCUUCAUUUAUUUAUUUUUUUGUCACAUUACAUUAUCGGAUCGUCAAAGAAAUAUUAAUAUCAGACAAAGAUAACCUGACUAAAUACAAAAAGCAGUUUUAAGAAGAUGACCACAGUUUUUAAAGGGAGUAAUAUAAACAGGCUAUAGCCCCUGUAAGAAAAUGUAAUUGCCGAUGACUGGUGGUGGCAGCGCUUCAGAUGUGGUUCUGGGUUGUUUAGUGAGCUCUUAGGUGAGUCAGGGAUGCGCUCUUGGAAGAAUUUAGGUCGGCCAGCCACUCUGGAGAACGUUCAGCACUGUUCACUUUGGUUGAGUGGAGACUCAAUGCCUUAGAGGCGACUUUGUAAACCGUUCUGGACUAAAAGAAGUCGAUGAAUCGGUUUGUCUGUUCUUCAAUUUCAUUUCAUGAGUGCUUGAUUUGUUGCUGUUUGAUUACUUUUAUCCUACUUCAUGUUAGAUAGUUAGUUAGUUAGUUAGUUAGUUAGUUAGUUAGUUAGUUAGUUAGUUAGUUAGUUAGUUAGUUAGUUAGUUCGUUAGUUCGUUAGUUAGUUCGUUAGUUAGUUAGUUAGUUAAGGCCGCAUGUCUGGCAGCAAUCAGGUCUGGCCAUGGCUGGUGAAAAUGACCCAAACAAGUGUGACAAAUCCUGCUUUGGCCUUUAGAAAGAGGGUUAAUCACAGUAUAACUUAGGGCCAGGUUGUUUAUGAUAGAUUCAUUUCCUUUGACAAAAAAAAUCCACAUUGAAAAAACUAAUUUCGCAUCAGCACGGGACAUUUUUGUCUGAUAAUAAAAUUAGUUUGAUGAUCCUAAAUACUGAAGUGAGACCAGAAAUGAAAAACAGAAGGAAACUGUAUGGGGAGAACGAUUUUUUUUCACUGUAAUAUACUCCUGCGGGCUGCUCACUGUGACACCCAACGUAACGAUGGUUGUUUAGAGGAACAACUUUUUCAACCCCAUUUAGGAGAAAUCUCACUCCCAAACAUUAACUACAACAAGGCACACAAAUACUGUAAAUAUUCAGUUAACAAGCAAACUAAUGAGCUGUAUGUGUUAUUAUUAACAUACAUCUGCAUAAUCUGCACAAAAAUCCGAUCUUUCCCACUACCAUCAAAAGGAACGUUUCUUCUUAAAGUUGUUGUAUAUUGAACCCCAUUAGCUAAACGUGUUUCUUCUUUUGUUACAUUUUUUUAAUAAAGUACAUUUUAAAUGACUACUUCUGUACUGCAGUUGUCUGCCAAAAAGUCCCAUUAUUUUGCAGAAAGCUAUUAUGACAUAUCUACUUCUUGUUGUUUUUUUUAUUAGUGUGCAUACAUAUUUACCUAAAGAAGAAAAUUCAGAGAGAUCGAAUGAAACGGUUUGCGAGAAUCCAGAGGAGUACUCUGUUUACCUCCCACCAUCAUGGUUGCAUUCUCUACACUAUCUUUCAACAGACUGCAUUUCUUUAUUGCAUUGUUGGGUUUUAUUUCUAUUGUAGCCACUAAGUAGCUUAAUUUCUUUCUCUCAAUUUUUUUAGCUUACUUUAAGAAUAUAGUAUGUAGGCAUACAUUGUAGCUUUUUCUACACUUGAUCGCUUUCUCUAACAACUUUAAUAACAAUUCUAGACAAAAACACGGGCAUCUUUUACAGAAUGUCCUCUGGCUCCAAACAGCUUUUUAGGGUUAAUCUAUUAUGGGUAAAUUUGUGUGUUUUUCAUGGUUUCUCCAGUACGCUUAAUUUCCUGUGGUUGCAUUAACCCUGUGAUAGGCUGGCGACUUGUGUGUUGCCUUAUAAACGCUGUAAGCUGAGUAGCUUUCAGCCCUCCUACCUAGCACCAAUAAAACUAGCACAGAAAAUGUAUAAAGCAGAAACUACUAACACAAGUAUGCAACAAACAUAAAAAACAGCAGUUGCUAAAUGAAGAAAGGUUUUAUAGAAAUUACCUCCAGUUUUAAGUUUUCGGCACAUAGGUCUGUUGUGCCUAGUCGUUCAUUACCCUUGAAUUUUUCUUAUAUUUUUUAUUGAUAGGUAAUACCACAGAUUUCAACAUAUUUUAUUUGGACAUCCAAUUGUGAAUUGCAAAUUUCUUUUGCAGCCACUGUUUUUUGCAGUUGCAACCAGGAUUCCACCUGUGUGUGACAGGUAGCCAAUAAAUUUGUUUUUUUUUUAAAGAAGUAUGGCAAGCUGAAAGCCAUUGUUGAAAAAAAGCUGCAAGAUGUCCAGUUUGAAGUAAGCUACAGGUCUUGAUAAAUAUGUGGAGAUGCUUUGGUGAGAUGAGACCAAACCGGGUUUCCUUAAAGUCUACAUGUAAUGUCCAACAUGCGAUGGAAAACUAACAAUGCACAUUGCCCCGGACACAUCAUCUCCACUUUGUGGCAGCAUCAUGCUGUGCGGAUUAUUUUCUUUACCAGGGAUUUUCGAGCUGAUGAGGGGAGGACGGAUGGAGCCAUAUACAUGGUAUAAAACCCGUGGGUGGCUGCAAAAGACGUGGCACUGCAGGUUCACCUUCCAGUGAGACAAUGACCCAUAACAUACAGCCAAAGAGAGUUUGAGCUAUUUUGCAAAGAAUGGGCAAAAAUUUUAGCUUUUAGAUGCUCAAGGCGGGUCAACAGAUGCCACCAGAGACUUGCGGCAGCAGUAACAUGGUUCUUCAAAGUAUUGAGUUAAGAGGGGUGGAUGGCAAUGUAUGCCGCACAUUUACGAUUUUUAUUUGUAAAAAAACUAAAUAAAUGAAUCAUUAUAAACUUCAGAAUGAUGCACCAUGCUGUGUUGUUCUAACACAAAAUCUCACUAUCAUACAUUAAAGUUUGUGACUGCAAAAUGAAAAAGUGAAAAAGGUUUAAGGAUUGUGAAUAGACUGUACUUUAAAGGGCCACGAGCAACACAUUUACGUAGGAAAUGGUUACGGAAAGCAUUUUAUCUCCUGUUAUUCACACUUUAAAGAUUAUCUGUGCAUUUUCCUGGCAGGUCAGUAGCUUUUUGGCGAGCACCAUACCUA